CCAUUCACAUGCACUCAGUGUGGGAAUAGUUUCAGCAAAUCAUCUUACCUUAAUCAGCACAUGAGGAUCCACACUGGAGAAAAACCAUUCACAUGCACUCAGUGUGGGAAGAGUUUCAGCCAAUCAUCAUCCCUUAAUCAGCACAUGAGGAUCCACACUGGAGAGAAACCAUUUACUUGCACUCAGUGUGGGAAGAGUUUCAGCUGCUCAUCAUCCCUUAAUAAACACAUGAUUGGCCACACUGGAAAGAAACCAUUCACAUGCACUCAGUGUGGGAAGAGUUUCAGCCGAUCAUCAUCCCUUAAUCACCACAUGAGGAUCCACACUGGAGAGAAACCCUUUACUUGCACUCAGUGUGGGAAGAGUUUCAGCCGAUCAUCAUCCCUUAAUCAACACAUGAUGAUCCACACUGGAGAGAAACCAUUCACAUGCACUCAGUGUGGGAAGAGUUUCAGCAAAUUAUCAUCGCUUUAUAGACACAUGAAUAUCCACACCGGAGAAAAACCAUUCACAUGCACUCAUUGUGGGAAGAGUUUCAGCCAAUCAUCAUACCUUAAUCUACACAUGUGGAUCCACACUGGAGAGAAACCAUUCACCUGCCCUCAGUGUGGGAAGAAUUUUAACCAAUCAUCAUACCUUAUUAAACACAUGAUAAUCCACACUGGAGAGAAACCAUUCACAUGCACUCAGUGUGGGAAGAGUUUCAGCCGCUCAUCAUCCCUAAAUCAACACAUGAUGAUUCACACUGGAGAGAAACCAUUCACAUGCACUCAGUGUGGGAAGAGUUUCAGCCAAUCAUCACACCUUAAUUAUCACAUGAUGAUCCACACCGGAGAGAAACCAUUCACAUGCACUCAGUGUGGGAAGAGUUUCAGCCGCUCAUCAUCCCUAAAUCAACACAUGAUGAUUCACACUGGAGAGAAACCAUUCACAUGCAUACAGUGUGGGAAGAGUUUUAGGCAAUCAUCAUACCUUAAUGAGCACAUGAUGAUCCACACCGGAGAGAAACCAUUCACAUGCACUAAGUGUGGGAAGAGUUUCGUCCGCUCAUCAUCCCUUAAUCGACACAUGAGGAUCCACACUGGAGAGAAACCAUUCACAUGCACCCAGUGUGAGAAGAGUUUCAGCUACUCAUCACACCUUAAUAAUCACACGAGGAUCCACACUGGAGAGAAACCAUUCACAUGCACUCAGUGUGGGAAGAGUUUCAGCCAAUCAUCAGACCUUAAUAAACACAUGAUGAUCCACACUGGAGAAAAACCAUUCACGUGCACUCAGUGUGGGAAGAGUUUCAUCUGCUCAUCAUCCCUUAAUCAACACAUGAUGAUCCACACUGGAGAGAAACCAUUCACAUGCACUAAGUGUGGUAAGAGUUUCAGCUGCUCAUCACACCUUAAUAAACACACAAGGAUCCACACUGGAGAGAAACCAUUCACAUGCAUACAGUGUGGGAAGAGUUUUAGCCAAUCAUCAGACCUUAAUAAACACAUGAUGAUCCACACUGGAGAGAAACCAUUCACAUGCACUCAGUGUGGGAAGAGUUUCGUCCGCUCAUCAUCCCUUAGUCAACACAUGAGGAUCCACACUGGAGAGAAACCAUUCACAUGCACUAAGUGUGGGAAGAGAUUCAACUGCCCAUCACACCUUAAUCUACACAUGAGGAACCACACUGAAGAGAAACUAUUGACAUGCACUCAGUGUGGGAAGAAUUUCAGCCAACCAUCACUCCUUUAUCUACACAUGAUAAACCACAAUGGAGAAAAACCCACAGCUUCGGUGUGGGAUGAGUUUCAGCAACUCCUCAGACCUUAAUAAACACAUGAAGACCCACACUGGAGAUAAACCAUUCACAUGCACUUGGUGUGGGAAAAGUAUCAACCAAUCAGUAAACCCUAAUGAACACAUAAAGAUCCACACAGGUGUGAAAGAGUAUUUGUGCUUUGAGUGUGAGAAGACUUUUAUUACAGUUCUAAAAUUAAAGCUGCAUCAGACGUUUCACACUGGAGAGUAGUGAUGGGAAGUUCAGAUCAUUUUACUGACUCGGAUCUUUGAGUCUUGUUCAUUAAGAUGAACGAAUCUUUUUUCGAGUCAUUUCGUUCAUUUGGUUCAAUUUGCCAAAAUAUUAUUAAAAUGUUACGAAUUGCUUCCAAAGACAUCUACAACUAGCCCAAAAAGUUGAUUGCACGUCAAAUAAGUCAUAAACCGAAUAUAAGGAGAAAAUAAUUCAAUGUUGAUCUGCUCUUUUGUCUAUGAAGGCAUUUUUGUCUCUUUGCUCAGCUCACCUUUUCAUGUCUCCAAAUGUCAGGGGUUCAUUCACGUUACACUGACAGUCACAUAUAAGCCGAUAGGAGCCAUGAUCGUUCGUUCAUCACGUGACAGAAUGACUCAAACCCGAGGACUCGAAAGAUAAACAGAUCAAUUCUUUUUCCGACUCUAAAAGUGCAUGAUUGGCCUGUGAUGAACGAGUGACUCAGACCCGAUAGAGGACUCGAGAGGUGAGCGGAUUAAUUAUUUUUCCGGCUCUAAUUGCAUAUGAUUUGUUUCUGCCAAUGUGAUGGAAGACUUGAAAUUAACGAUACUACCUGCACAAAUGUGCGCACGCACGGAUGAACGAAUCACUCCCUGAGAGGACUCGUAGUUCCCGAGUCAUAUUGAAGAUUCCUUCAAAAUGAACGAAUCUUUCAUGAAUGACCCAUCACUACUGGAGAGACCAUACAAGUGUUCACACUGUGACAAGAGGUUUAAUCAGUUACCACAUCUGAAAACACAAAAGAGGAUUCACACUGGAGAGAAACCGUACAGAACUGUUAAGUGUCUACAGAAUUAGACAAAAAGUUUCACACAUGACAUGAAUGCAGCAAAACAUUUUCUCGUGUGUAAAGGAUAUUUUAUGUCUGAAUAAUAUUGAAAAGGCUAAAUGAUGGUAUACUGUUUUCCAACACUUCAGUAUGUGGGGUUGUAAAUGUUUAAACAUCAUUAAACACAAUGAUGGCGGCUUAGAGUUUCAAAAACGGCGGCUUAACAGUUUCAAAAACAUCUGGCAAGCAGUACCUCUGUGGCUUAAAAUCUUAUUGCUAGGGAUUUUACUGGUGCGAUUACAUCUGUUUGAUGAUGUUCUCUGUCUGAGUCUCUGAAUGAGAAACAUCACUGGGAAGACACAGCACAUCAAAGAAGGUAGAGCUCCAGGACGGUUAGUUUGCAGUAUACCAGGGCCUCAAGUUUAGAAAGCCCAUUCUAUUGGACUGUGUUGCAGCUUUUAUUAAUAAAGUUUUUUCCCCUUCGGAUGGGGAACUUUAA